AUGAUCGAUCGGGGAUCCGGCCGGGCCCUGGGAGACCAUCAUGGUCCAUGUCAGGUUUCCUCGACGACGGUCCGCACUCCGUACCCUUCAUUCCUCUUCCAUUCGCGGGCACUCUGGGGUUGGCGCAGGCCGUGCACCUUACUCACCACAUACUGCAUCUGA